AUGUUCAAGGUGAGAGAAGUAAGUUUUCACUUACUAGUGUGUAAAAAGAUCACUUCGCACACUCACUUUUUACGCAAGGACGGAACUCCCAAUAAACCUUAUGGUAUUAUAAAACCAAAAUCCAAAUUUCUUGACGGUCAAUAUAUAUCAUUAAUAUGUACUGCUGUCAUUCGGGAGUUUUCCGAGGUAGCAUGGUAUGAUGAUAAAAAUAAAAAAGUUGUAGAUUCUGGAAGGAUACACGUCAAGUUUGAAGAAACUAACUACACUUAUCGUGCCAUUGUGUCUAUUACUAACGUGAGUUAUUCAGAUAAAAAGGAUUAUUUCUGUAAAACGAAAAAAAUUUUAAACAAGAAAAAUACAGAGAAAUAUAGCCUCAAGAUCGAUGGAAAUCAAGAACUUUACAUUUGGAUUGCGAUGAUAGUGUGGUUCAUAACAAUUCUCAUUUCUCUUUUAAUGUACUUUUAUUUGAAAACUCAACAUGCGAAGUUUAAAGAAAAACAACUAUUAAAAGCUGGCGAUACGCAUUUUAAAGAAGGAGCAGUUGAUUUAAUAAACCCAGAGUUAACCAUAGACGAGCGGGCAGAACUUCUUCCUUACGAUAUUAGAUGGGAGUUUCCUAUUGAGAAGUUAAGAUUAGAUAAGGAAUUAGGAAGCGGGGCUUUUGGAGUUGUGUAUAAAGCAGAGGCCUAUAGGAUUCUUCCUCAUGAGUCGAUUACAACUGUGGCUGUGAAAACUAUUCGCAAAAAUGCAGACUUAAUGUAUAUCAGUGCGUUGGCAAAGGAGCUUAAAAUAAUGGUUUAUUUAGGACAACACUUAAAUGUUAUAAAUCUUCUGGGCGCUUGCACCAAAAAUAUAGCCAAAAGAGAACUUUUGGUAAUUAUUGAGCUUUGUAGAUGUGGAAAUCUUGAAAGCUAUCUCGAGCGUCAUCGAAACAAUUUUAUUAAUCAAGUUGAACCAAAUACAGGUCAAAUCGAUACCUUCAUAGGAAAAAAUUUAAAGAGGUAUGAAUUUAACUACUUCAACUUUUUAUUAAAAUUUUCAAGCUACGAUGAAACAAGACACGAGAUCUAUGAAAAUUUAUUUACGACCUUGUCUGACAGCAGUCCAAACGAUAAGCACACCAUUCAUUAUUCAGAAACUCCGAAAUUCAGCGGCCCGAUCGAAUCCAGUGAUGAUUUUAUAGAUGAAGACUCUGAGCCAGGCUGGCGUUCUAAUUAUGAAGGUGAUUACGUAGAAGGAGAUUUUUCGUUCCUUUGCUCUGAGGAUCUUUUGUUAUGGGCUUAUCAGGUGGCAAACGGCAUGAAGUUUCUUUCAGAAAAAAAGGUGCUGCACUGUGACUUGGCUGCAAGAAAUAUACUGUUAGCAGAGAACAACAUUGUUAAGAUCUGCGAUUUCGGUUUAGCCAAGACAUUGUACAAAGACGAAAACUAUAAGAAACAAUGCGUUGGCAAAUUGCCUGUAAAGUGGAUGGCCAUUGAGUCCAUUAGGGAUGGAGUCUUUUCCACUAUGUCAGAUGUGUGGUCAUUUGGUGUAGUUCUAUGGGAAUUUUUCUCUCUUGCACAAAUACCUUAUUCAGGUGUAGGGUUCGGGGUGAUGUAUCAGAAAUUAAUCAGAGGAUACAGAAUGGCUCAGCCUGCUAAUGCUACCGAUGACAUGUGA